CACACAGACACACACCAAAACACUCACAUGCAGAAAGACGUAUACGCAUGCACAAGUGAAACUAGAUAAACACGCGUGCGCGAAGCUGAUAUAUUCUCAUACACACUAACAUUUUGGUUUAUGCACAGAUAGAUAGCAAACAAAGGAACACACACACUGUAACACUCAAACCCUCUCUCUAUCUCUCUCUCUCUCUCUCUCACUCUUCUUAACUCGUUCUCUCUCUCCUUUGUAAAUCUCUCUGUUUCUCUCCUAAACACACAAACACGCACACACAUACAUACACGCAUCUAUAUAUUUAUAUAGCGACACUUCAUCCACGUACAUAGCAUGCGAUAAGGUUUUAGUUAGGCGAAGCACCUUGCGCAAAACCGAAUUUGUUUUCACAGUUGGCGGCAAAAUUUUCUCCCGUUCUGUAAACGAGUUGCAUUACAACUGGUUCUUUUUUCAUUUACCUAAAUAAUUUUACUGAAUCAACAACUUUACCUUUCUUCACAUACACAUACAAUAGUUCCUUUUGCGUAAUUGAGAAAACAAAUUUGUUUUACUUCUCACGGAAGGAGAAUAAUAAGUGACAGUGGAGAAAACGUCAACAAUUUGAUAAUAAUAUAUUGAUAAAACUAGUCAUACUUCAAAGCCGACCAAUAGGAAAAGAGCCUGUCAGUUUUAUCAGAAUUUUUUUUUUACCUUCAAUAGACGAAAGUAAGGCAUUUGAUAUCAGCCGUGUUCGCUUUUGAUUUAUAUAAUAACCACUCACUAACAAAACUUAAACAAACACCACUGCGAACACUUUACUUACGAAGAGUUCAUUUACCUCGGUUAACGCGGAAACCACAUCGGUUAAAUCACAUUCGGCACCUAAAAGUACCAGAGGUCUUACGGAAAUGGCCAAUCAACUCAAGGUAAAACAACUUGACGAAAUCAAAGAAGCUUUUCAAAUGUUCGAUAUUGACCAUGAUGGUCAAAUCACGAGUAACGAACUGAAAGCAGUAAUGAAAUCAUUGGGUCAGGCACCUUCCGAACAGGAAUUGGAAGAAAUGAUCAGAGAAGUUGACACAGACGGAAAUGGCACAAUCGAAUAUCCCGAAUUUGUGGAGAUGAUGGCGAGACAGAUGGGUCCACCAGACGCAGAGAGGGAAAUGAAAGAAGCUUUCCGUGUGUUCGAUAAAGAUGGCAAUGGACUUAUAACAGCUGCCGAACUGCGUCAAGUCAUGGUUAAUUUCUCGGAUGAAAAGCUGACCGAAGGAGAACUAGAAGAUAUGAUAAAAGAGGCAGAUUUGGAUGGCGAUGGGAUGGUCAGUUAUGAAGAAUUCGUGAAGAUGAUGAGGAACCAACAACAAAAGUAAAAUAUUUGUGCUGAAUCUCUUGCCCCGCUUCUGCAGUACGAAAAUAUAAAAAAACAAUGUCAACGGGAGACUGCACCCACAGCUAUCUGUUCGUCACUGUUUGUUCGAAGGGAAUGAAAAAAGGCCUCUCGUCUGCCUUCACCUCACCAACCCCUACUGCACCAAAUAUUCUGACUAAAUUUACUAAAAAAUAAAAUAAUCGUUUGUUCCAUAUUCUACUACCAUAUCGUUCUUCGGUUUCUUAAUUAUCCUUUACAAUCAUUCCAAACUUCGUCUUACUAUAACACAUAUCUAUCUACCUAUCUACUUACCUACUUAUCUACCUACAUAGCUACAUAUCUACUUCAAUACAGCUACUACUACUAUUACUACUACUACUACUACUACUACUACUACUACUACUACUACUACUACUACUACUACUACUCUAUAGAUAUUUCACGGUAAUAUUUCAAAAUGAUCUUUUUGUUUCACUUUCACCAUUGUCAUUGUUGUUAUAAACGGUAAAGAAGAGAAUAAAUAAAUAAAUAAAUAAAAGAAAAAUAUAAAUACAGUUAAACCCAUUUUUGGUAAAAUUCUUGAUAUUAUAACCAAUGUUAUAACCCUUACCAGCAAUAAAAUAUUGUAAAUAUUUUACCAAACGUU